AGAGUACAUAAAGAGUGGCGAGGAUCGGUCGAGGAGACAGUGGAGAAAAGUGGCGAGUUAGAGAGAGAUGUCCUUUAAAUCCUUCUUGAUUCUGUACGCCAUCGCGAUCGAUCUUGCGAUCCAGAAACCGAUGAUGUGCGUACCGGGUAAAAGUUUCUUCGAUGGUUGCAAUACGUGCACCUGUACCGAUGACGGAAAUUUCAUCUGCACCAUGACCGCUUGCGAAGAUUACGAUCCCGAAACUGACACGUCCGUACCAGUGAAGAUUUUAGAACCUCCGCCCGAUUUUUGGCAAAAUUCAUAAUG